UGUACGCAUGCGCAAGUAGAACAAGAUGGAGAUUCUCCGCUGCAAUAAAUAAGUGAAAGUCCUUGAAAAUGUUACUAACUUGGAUUAUUUUUAGUUAAUUCUUCAACUAAUUUAGUCCAGUGCCUUUAUUGCAUAAUAAUUUAUCCUCAUGUAUACGAAUCAUUUUAAAAUUAGAACAGUCAUUACUGAAAUCUUCUUGGAAAUUGUCAGAUUUUGACGUCAAAAAUGUCAUUUUUGAGCAGUUUCAAAAAGCUGUUCGGGUUAGGAAGAGAUGGAGGGCGUAACCCGUUAGAAAAUAGAAAUAUUAUAAGGGACAAAGACCCUAAUCAUGUAUGGGACAUUAUUGGAGAGCUCGGAGAUGGAGCAUUUGGAAAGGUUUACAAGGCUCAACAUAAAGAGAGUGGAAUUCUUGCAGCCUUGAAGCAGGUUGAGAUAAAAGCAGAUGACGAUCUAGAAGAUUUUCUUGUAGAAAUUGACAUCCUUACUAAGUGUAAACACAGAAACGUUGUUGGUAUACAUGAAACUUACUUUUUUGGUGGAAAAUUAUGGAUGUACAUAGAGUUCUGUGGUGGUGGAGCAGUGGACAGUAUAAUGGUUGACCUUGAAAAGCCGCUGAAUGAGAACCAGAUCCGCUAUGUGUGUUACGAGAUGUGUCAAGCUUUAGUCUUCAUACAUAGACAACAUGUCAUACAUAGAGAUCUCAAAGCUGGAAACGUACUGCUUACAAUGGACGGAGAAGUCAAACUUGCUGAUUUCGGUGUGUCUGCAAUUAGUGACAAGACCUUGCAGAAGAGAGACUCUUUUAUUGGUACACCUUACUGGAUGGCACCAGAGGUCAUUCUGUGUGAAACACUCAAGGACACACCAUAUAGUUACAAGGCUGACAUCUGGUCCCUGGGUAUCACACUCAUAGAAUUUGCACAGAUUGAGCCACCCAACCAUGAGAUGCAUCCCAUGAGGGUGCUGAUUAAAAUACAGAAAGCUGAACCACCUACUCUAGAUGACAAAAGGAAAUGGUCUCUGCAGUUUCGUGAGUUUCUAAAGCUGUGUUUAAUGAAAGAUCCUGAGCAACGGCCUACUGCAGAGGAACUACUUAAGCACCCAUUUAUCAGUAACCCACCAAGUAAAAAGGUGAUUUUAGAUCUCAUCUCGGAGUCUAAGGCAGAAGUUGUAGAAACAGUGGAGGAUUUGACAGAAGAUGAAGAGAUCCAAGAAAUAAAGCGGCAUAUGCAUGAUGACUCUAGCAUAGAUCUGGAGCGGCUGUCCCAGUCCAGUAUUGAUACAGAGAAGAGAGAACAAACUCCAGAAAAACAGGUUAAAGAGGCAGAAAAACCAAGCAUUUCUGAGAAAAUUGAAGAAGAAAGAUCCGUCACACCGGAACGUCCUGAAACUCCAGAUACCGAUUCCACUAAAGAAAAAAUUCCAUCCCCAAAGAAGACUCCCGCUCCUGCUCCACCACCUGAAGGAAGGGAAAGAACCCCAACACCGGAAAUUGGGGAAAGGAAAUCCCCCUCCAAAGAGGAGAGCACUGAAGCUGAGAAAUCAGAAGAAGGCAGUGUGAAAUCUAGAGAAUCAAGUGAGUCACCAAGAGAAAGUCCAGAGAAAGAUGAUAGAGGUUCUCCUAUUCCCAUGUCGUCUCUGGAUGAGACAGAAGAGAAAGUUACUAUGCAUGAAGAUAUCGUUGAGGUUGCAACUAUAUCACCGCCACCAGAGUUUCAGGAAGACAUUGAGGAUAAAUUGUCAGAUGAAGGGAUCGGACCAAGUGCAGAUGAAAAAUCUGAUACAUCAAGUCAGAAUGGAAGUCCUUCCAAGAUUACAGAUGUACAGAUUGAUAUCACACCAACUGUAAGUGACAUUGUUGAUGAGAUCAUAGAUGAUGUCAUAAAGAGCGCAUCCACUGAGCCUUCAGUUCCCGCUGUUGUCUUGGAGACCAUCGAUACAGUCAUCGAAGAACAAAUGAAUGAAGAGUUUAUUGAAGGAAAGAACAUUGAAAUUGAGGAAAAAGAUACAGAAGUAGCAAAACAAGAUAGUGCCAUUGAUACAAAUGAAUCCGAAGAUACUGAUAUUGUUAAAGCAGGUGGAGAGAAAGAACAGAUGCCAAAAAGGCUAAGUAGUGUCUCUGAGUUAGUUAGUAAUUUGGAAAAAAUGAAAGAGGCACAUGAGAAUGAAAAAGCAGAGAGAAGUGUGAGUCCCAGAGGAAGUAUCAGCCCGAGGGAAGGGAGUGUAAGUCCAAGGCAGAAAUCAUUUGAUGACAGCAUUCCAGAAGAAACAGCUACAGUUUCUGUUACAACAGUGGUAAAAACAGAUAAACUUAUUUCAGAGAAACAAAAAUCUUUCGAUAAAGAAGAUGAACAGUUAUCACGUAAAAAACGGGAAUUAGAGAUUCAGUCUGUGAAGGUAAAGAUAGCUGAUGACAAUGAAGCUCAACCUAUUGAAUCAUCCAACAUUGAUGAUAUAAUAACAAUAAAUGGGCAACCAGUCCCACAUGCAAGCACAAUAGUUCUUAAUGGCCAUAUUUCUAAAAUCAAGGACUCUCCACGAGGGGAGGAAGACAAAGUAAGGGCACGUUCCGAAUCUCCAAGAGUGGAGAAUAAAAAUCGUGAUUAUGUGCCUCAGACUGAUAUAGACACUUUAGAGACAAAAAUAACCAAUAAUGUGGAACCAUUAGACAUUUCAAAUCCCGAUGAUGAUUCUUCUGAUCAGAGGUCCGAUACUGGAAGUAUCAAUACUGUUGAUAGUGUGGAAAGAGAUGAAGUCAUAAAGGAAUCGCCUCGUAACAGACACAGGGGUCAUAUAAAGCCAAGAGGGGAAAGGAGUAAUAAGAGUCAAUACAGAACCUUGACAAAGACAAGAACGUUUGUCAUCAAUGGAGAAGUUGUGACACAAACCACACAGAAAGUAGUUCUUGCCGGGGAGGAACACAAGUCAAGAGAGGAUCAUUUGAUGAGAAAGCAGGAUUUACGUGAGUUAAAGUUACUACAGAAAAAUGAAAACAAACAGUAUCAGGACCUCAUAUACAAGGCACAGCUUGCAAGAGAAAUGCAGGACCGAAAGUUUGAAACAGAUAUGCAGAGUUUGGUUAAGAACUAUGACCAGGACAUGGAUACACUCACCAAACAGCAGAAGCAGCAGGUGGAAAAAGCGGAAGGAAGUCAGUCUGUCGACCUCAAAGCUGCUGCCAAACGAAUUAAAAUUGAACAGGAAAAAGAAUAUAAGAUGUUCAAGGAGAAGCAGAAACAGGACAGGAAGUUGAUGCAACAGGAGUUUGACAUGAUGGCAAAAACUGCCAAGAAGGAAGAUGUACGCAAGAGAAAAGAACAGAAAGAAAUACAGUUACAAGAGGAGGAACGAUGCUUCUUGGAGAACCAGCAAGAAAGGAUGGAUAAACAUAUGAAACAGUUGACAGAAACUCACAGACAGAAAAUUGCAAUGUUAGAAAGUCAAUUCUUGCAACAAAAACAACAGCUUCUUAGAGCACGUGAAGCAGCUAUCUGGGAGUUAGAGAAACAACAGCUUCAUGAGAAGCACCAGCUUGCCAAGAGUCAGUUAAAGGACAUGUUCUUCCUGAAGAGACAUCAGAUGCUAACCAGACAUCAGAAGGAAAUAGAACAAAUGAAGCGAAGUAACCAAUCAAAAGAGGAGGAAAUGCAGCAUAGACACGUGCUCGAGAAAAAACGUCUUCCCAAAAUACUCAAACAGGAGUCCAAAACACGCUCGCUUAUGUUCAAACAGAGCUUACGGUUAAGUGUACCUGGUAAUCCAGAUGAUGAACGGUCAAAACUGAAACAGUUUGAAGAGAAUGAGAAGAAGAGAAUGAAGGCUGAACAAGCUCGCCAGGAAAACAAACACAAGAAACAGUGGGAGGAGCUUGUGUACAGAAACGAAACCAGUCUAAGGGAAUUAGAACAAUUACAGGCUGAGAAGAGGAAGAUGUUGAUGGAGCAUGAGACACAGAAGAUAAAAGAACUGGAGGAACAAUAUUCCAAUGAACUCAGGGAAUGGAAAGCUAUGCUCAUACCUAGAAAACAGAGAUUGGAAGACGAGUUUGCAAAGCAACGUGAUGAACAGGAGAAAUUUUACGGUGCUGUAGUGAUGACAGGCGAGAACACGUAUGUGCCACGAUCUGCCCCAAAUAGUAUGAGACACAAAACCGAUUCUAUAGCCUCCCGGCAUAGUACUGUGAUCUAGUAGUAUAUGUUUGUAGUAAAUUAGUCAAUAUUACAUUCACCAUAUUGGUUAUAUAUGAACAAUUGCAGGUUUCUGCAUUUAACUUGGUACAUUGCCUAAAAGCCAAGAUAAUCUUCGUGAGAAGUGAAAACUGUGUACCAAGUUUCAUUGAUAUGUGUUCAUUUUCUGUGAUACAAGUUAAAGUGGUGUGUUUGCAAAGUAUGGAAUGUCACACAAGAAAAGUGGUCAUACCAUUUUGUCAUGUAUUGGACAUGAUGGGAAAAUUACACCAUCCUAAAAGCAACUUUGAAAGAGUUAUCCAUCAUAGAAAAUUGAAUCAUGACUGACUUAGAGGGUCUGUGAUAAAAAGUCAUAACAAAUAAAUGCCAAAACAUGGUAUGUGUCACAACAUGUGAGGACCUGUUUAAUAUUUUAUCAGUUACAGACCUAGCCGGUAAAAGUUGUUCUGAAACAGCUAAUGUUGCUUGAAAGAGAUACAAGAUUGUGAUCACACUAUAGAUAAGGUAGUAUUUAUGAAGACUUUAUUUUAACCUUUUAUAGGAAUUCUUGUGUGAAAUUCUGUUAUUAAAACUACAUUUAAAAGAACUUGUUUUAAGCCUGUUUGUGUAUUUAGCAUAGUUGCUAUGAGUUGAUCAUGUUUAUAAAAUCUGCACAAAUAUUGCCAAAUCUGUAGCAUUCAUUAAUGACACAAAAAUAAAAUUCUGUGCUUUUGCUUGUUGAUAAUAGAAUCAUGUACUGCUUUUUGUAAGAAAGUGAGAGUCUUAAAGUGUAUCAUUUUUGCCCAAUAUCUUUCCCACUUAUAGUAUGAUACACAUGUGCACGUUUACUACUGCAGAGUUAUUGCAUAAUGUAUUUAACAAAGCAUAUCAAAGUUGCAUGUAAGGUGCGAAUGAGUAAUAACAUGAUUUUGAAAUUUGUUUCAUUUUUGUUUGGAAUCCACAACAACAAAUUAUUUUCUUUUUUUAAAUGUUCUUCUAGCCUAAUGUAACAAUUUUUUAAACUAUAUGAUACAUGUACUAGGAAAUAGUUUUAGGAAAAUGAAUUCUAUAAGUCAAGGGGUACUGACCCUAAGUUUUUUUUAGUCAACUUCCUAGACCGUAUUGGCAAAGUUAACCUUAGAACCAGGAUUUCAACUUGUAAUGAGCCCCUACCAGCAUGUGUGAAAUGUUAAAUUACCAUGCUCACUGAUGAAAGGAUUAAAGUUUUACUUAAAGUUUAGAAAUCUAGAAGGCCUAAAGUGAUUUUGUUUUCUGUUACCUUUAUUGCAUAGUUAUGUAAUAGUUGGAUGCUACCUGUUUAAAGAGUUAUUAAAGAUUAUGCAGAGUUGCCAACGUAUGUUAUACCGAUGUUAGUGCUAUGAGGUGUCACAUUCUACAAUAUUUCAUGAUGUGCUGUAAGCUGUUGUUGGCUAUAGUUGUAUGUUUGUUGUGGCAAGAGGUUUAAAACAAAAGGCAAUAUUUGUAGACUAGGAUAUGUUUGCAGAUACUCAAUGUAGGUCAAGUCAAUUUCACUAACUCGGGCAAGGAAGUCUAGGAAAAUAUGAGCUGUGUACUUGUUUUGUUUGUACAACAGUUACAUAUGUACGAUAAUUUUCUGUAUAUACCCUGCAGACUAUCCGAGAUUUAAGAUUGUAUCAAUGUUUCCAGGGGUGAAUGCAAAGCAAACCUAGGUGCAAAUAGAUUAAGAAGCAUUUAACACUUCUUUCGCAUUUACCACUCAAUUUGUUGUUCAAGUAAACUUUUAUGGUAGUGUUAUUCUCACAUAUACGGGCAUUGUGGGUUAUACAAAGAUGUGGGUUAUUUGCAGGAAAUUGUGGUACAAAGGUACAUGUUUCAGAAUUUGUUCUUUCACUUUUCACAAUGUGUUCCAUCAACAUUUGCUAGUCUUUUAUCCAAGAUAAAGUUUGCGGUUACAUUAUUUCAGUCUUACAUGCUUAAAUUCCCUCAUACUAUAGUAUGUAACAAACAUUUAGUAAGGAAAUAAUUCAAGUUUUAGUGAUAAUUAUCCAGCUGUUUCAAGGAAGAUACAGGGUUCUAGCCAGGGGAGACCACUCAUGUCUGAAACAGUUACCCGAGUGGCAUCUUUGAUCUUCCUUGACCAUCCGAUGCUGGAAAUUCGUCACACGACCUUAAAUUGUCCAAGUUAAACUUCUAGUGAUAGAAAAUUCAGGAUAUUGUUAACUUGUAUAAAAGUGAUUUCUCUGUUAGCUACAUGCGAGACUGCUUAUAGUAAAAAUUAUAAGGUCUUUUCUCGUCACCUGAGAAAAACAAAUAAAUGAGAAGUUACAAACAUUCCAUUUUCUGUGAGAAAUUAGAUCUUGAAUUAUAAAUGCUAUAUUUGAGCCGCGCCAUGAGAAAAUCAACAUAGUGGGUUUGCGACCAGCAAGGAUCCAGACCAGCCUGCGCAUCCGCGCAGUCUGGUCAGGAUCCAUGCUGUUCGCUUUUUAAGCCUACAGCAAUUAGAGAAACCAUUAGCGAACAGCAUGGAUCCUGACCAGACUGCGCAGAUGCGCAGGCUGGUCUGGAUCCAUGCUGGUCGCAAUGCCACUAUGUUGGUUUUCUUAUGGCACGGCUCAUAUUAUUUUUGUUUUUAUAUGAGAGUUAUAUUAAAGUGCUAUACUUGAUUUAAAAAAAGAUGUGGAAUAUUUAAAAUAUAUAUCUUUAUAUAUAAUAUUGAAAUGAUUUUUAUAUGGUGGCCUAUAUUAAAGAUAACUUUGAUAAUCUGAAUCCCAGAACUGUUUUCGAUACCUGUUAAUACAGUGGUAUUUUUCUUAUAGCCUUAUCAUUUUGUGAAACAACCCUUUUUUAAUUGACUAUAUAGUUUUUCCAACAUGGUAGUUGCAGAAAAAAAUACCUACAGUGUAAAAUUAUUUGUAAUCUUUGGUCCUAUAUAGCUGUACAAGAUUUUUGCCUGUUUUUUGUCCCUAUGAAUUCUGUUAAAUCCUGUGUUAUAUAUAAAUCUUUAGAUUUUAUUUUUGAUGAAGUUUUAUAUUUUUGAGAGACUUCUGCACUCACAAGAUAAUAUAUGUUAGUAUGUUCAGGCCAAAUAAAGUUUGUGCACUUAAUGUUGGGUUCUUGGGUGAAUUGUUUUUCUUUUCAGUUUUUUUAUCUAUGUUACCUUAUAAUGGAUAUUCCCUAACAAAUUCUUACGAUAUGUAUUUAUUUGGAAAAAUCUUUUAUUGAUGAUUAUUAUUAUUUAUUGGAAAAUGAUGUAAAAAUUAGAAUUACUUGUCUUGUAAUGAAAACUUUAUUUGUAUGGCCUAAUUAGCUAUGUUCAAAUUACUAGUGUAACACUAUUCAAACUUUAUUUUGUACAUGUAUAUACACAAAUAUGCCUUUCAUAACCAAGCACAUAAUCUUGAAAAUGACUGGAAUUUAUCAUUUAUGCUUUCUGUACAAAUGUAAAAUAUUGUAACUGUUGUAUAUGUAGAUAUAAAUUAUGAUUUUUUUUUAGCAUUCUGUUGUUACUUUUUGUUGUGUAAAGAUUUUUCACACAACUUAAUGAGUUGUACAACCAUGGGUACAAUUUAACCAUUAUACUCAUACAGUGCAUUAAUUUUGCCAAAAACAUUGAAAAUAAUACCGGUUUAAUAAGUCCCUAUAUAGCAAUUGGUACCUUACAGUUACUUUGUCUCAUGGUUAAAAAGAAACAAGACUGAUAAAAUUCCAAAACAUUUGAUUACAAGUCAAAAUGUAUUAUAAAAAUUUACUUUUUAAUUGCCUACAGAACUUUUUUUUCAAAUUUGAAGGUAAUUAGGUGAUAAAUUUACCACUUUGAUAAUCUGUUGGUUUCAAUUUUCUUGCACCCAUCUUUGUCUACAAUUGUUGUAUCAAAUUUGUUUCGAGAAUAUGAAAUACAGGUCAGGUUUUGCAUACAACACAAUUGUAUUGUUUCGUCAUAAUAUCAAUUGAAACAAGUUAAAUUCUAAAAAUAUUUCAGUAAAUAUGUUGCAAUUUCAUAUUGGUAUGGGUACGCAAGAUUUCAAUUUUUAUUACAAAUUACCUGUAGCGAGCGAUUCAGCUAGUUAUUGGACAGUUUUAGCAGACAUUGUAUUGCUGUGUAUAGGUAUAGUGGUAUUCGAUAGAAGUACCUACACGUAUGAAAUCGUAACCUCUACAGUAGCACAAUUUCACUACACAAUGUAUAACAGAUGUAGGACUCAUUUCUUUCCUAUUCAGUUCUUUAAACUGGUAUGUUUCUCUAUUAAUCUGUAAUUGGAGGAAAUUGUUGGUGAAUUUGAUUGAAAUAAAAUUCACAUUUCAUUGUUUAUAUAUGUAUGAACAGAUUUUAAUCUUCAAAGGACAGUUUGUCAAGUGGAUUAUAAUAAUUGAAAUAUUAUAACUGACAGUUUACAACCUUUUGUUAAGUGCAUUUCACAGACAUUACAUUUACACUUGGCACCUUGAACUUCAGAAUUUUUGAACUGGAAUUAGCUAUGUAUUGUCAGUUUUAAUGCUGUUAAUAUUUUUCCUAAGGAUUUUAAAACCCUUAUACAAUACACAGGUUUCAGUUGUACAUUACUGAAAGUAGUACUAGUAACUGGUUAAACUUUUAAGGGUAUUUGUGUGUCUAUUCUGCACUACUUUCUAGACAAUUACACAGUUAGCAGUGUACCUUUUUUUGGUAUAUGAUUUACCUUUAUUGCCUACUUCAAAGCUCAUUGUUGUAAAAGUGUAAACUUACAGCAAACAGAGGGUUUAAACUGUGUUACACAUUUUACAGCAGUCACAUUUUGUGGCCGUCUUUCAUUUUGGAUUCCUUAUUACCAUGAAAUAUCAACUGAAUAAAAUAUCAAUUGUA